GAGCAACGACCGCCAUAAGCUGGACAGCACAACAAGUUCAAGAGCACUCGACAGUACGAAAUGGUGGUGUAUACUGAUGAUCCUCAAGGUAAUCUCGCCAAUCAAAAGUCUCAUGAUAUCAUAUGUCACUCCAACCGAGCUUCUCCUGCGUUUGCGUCGUCCGCUGUAGACGCUGCUACAUCCAGAAAGUCAUCGGGGACACAACGAAGGAAGAGCGUGCACCUAGCAUUUGCAAUUUUCUGAAGUUCUGGAUUUACGUGAUCAAGACGGUGGAGACCGGAUGUAGAUGCCGCACAGGAUCGAUCCGUGUGUUCCGCCAUUGCCAAGUAACGCGCUGGCAAAACCCGCGUACGAUCCCGGGCUUGGAAACACCUUCCGUUCGCUCUGACCCGAUGAGCAAGAUGACCGGUUUUCGUAAAGCAAAUGUACCCGCUAGCUCUUCGUGCCAUCGGAGGAGGUCCAUAAGGGCACGGCGGAACAACCUUAUCCCCAACGGCCCGGGAUGGGUCCGAAAUACCUCGGCUCAGUGCGAUCCACGCGAGUGAUAACUCUAAAACCACAUGCUUCGAGUUGUCACGGGAAGGGAUAUCGACAAUGCUCGCCUUGCCAUCUACGUACAGAUCACACCUCGCGCAGGGCGCAUCAUCCACCAUUUUACCUCGCCGCUCGGUACUCCGU